CUGCACUAUGGGACCCUGCUGGGCAGCAGAGCUUGUGCCACCAUGGCAGCAGCUGCCUGGGGCACUGGGCUUAUCUAUUCCCUGCUGCACACUGCCAAUACAUUCUCACUGCCUCUGUGCCAAGGCAAUGCUGUGGAUCAGUUCUUCUGUGAAAUCCCCCACAUCCUAAAACUCUCCUGCUCACAAUCUUAUCUCAGGGAAGCUGGUCUUUUAAUGUUUAGUGCCUUAUUUUUUUUCGCUUCUUUUGUCUUCAUUGUUGUGUCUUACGUGCAGAUCUUCAGGGCUGUGCUGAGGAUGCCCUCUGAGCAGGGACGGCACAAAACCUUCUCCAUGUGCCUCCCUCACCUGGCCGUGCUCUCCCUGUUUGUCAUCACAGGCUUUUUUGCCUACCUGAAGCCCCAUUCCAUCUCUUCCCCAUCCCUUGACCUGAUGGUGUCAUUUCUGUACUCAGUGGUUCCUCCAACACUGAACCCUAUUAUCUACAGCAUGAGGAACCGGGAGCACAAGGAUGCUCUGUGGAAACUGAUGACCAAAUGUAUUUGGAAAGCAAUGAAUUGCCCAUCUUUUUCUAUAUAGGACUUGUAAUGCAGAUUUUUAUUGAAACAAAUGAUCUUAUUUAGGAUUGUGGGUUUUGUUUGUUUGUUUGUUUGUUUUUUGCCUUUUUGUUUAUUUGUUUUUCUUAUGUUAAG